AUGUCCAUGCCCAACGAGUAUGUUCAAGACUCGGAGUUUGCAGCAGGCCUGGCAGACCUCCAAGUAGAGAUCAGCUGUCCCAUGUGUAAGGAAUACUUCCAGAAUCCAGUGACGCUCAAAUGCGGGCAUAACUUCUGUCUCUCCUGCGUCAGUAUGUUCUGGAAAGAUCUAAAGGGUCGUUCCCCCUGCCCCUCUUGCUGGUUUAACUGUCCAGAAAGGCAGUUUUCCAGCAAUCACCUGCUGAGUAAUUUGACGGAAAUUGUCAAGCUGUUCCCUAUAAGACCCAAGAGGAGAAGAGAAGAAGGAAAGCUUAUUCGUACGAGGCGCAAACAGGCUCUGACCUCUCUCCCACAGCGCGAUUUCUCCACCAAUCCCAAGCAUCACUUCAUUUGGCCCAUUGAGAAAGCCGCCCAGUGUCACAGGAAACAGAUAGACCGCUACAUUGAGCUGUGGAGGGAGAGAGUGGAACCAGUUGAGAAAACAAUCGCCAUGCAAAAGAGGAAAUUAAAGGAACUGAAGAGAAAGGUCAAACGUAGAAGAGAAGAAAUCAACUCUGAAUACGAACAAGUUAGGGUGUUUCUCCAGGAUCAGCAAGAGACCAUUCUUAAGCAGUUACAAGACGAAGAAGUGGAUGUUCUAGCAAAACUCAAUGAAAACCUAACAAAAAUUUCCGAUUAUACCUCCUCAUUAAAACAUCUAUUGAAGGAGGCAGAGAGCAAAUGCGAAAAGUCACACCUGGAUUUGCUGGCAUGUGCCAAGGAUAUCUACCACAGACAGAAAAGCUUACAGUGCCCUGAACCGGGUUCAUUCACAUUGAAAGAGUAUGGCUACCGCCUUCCUCCACAGUAUUAUGGCCUGUUCAGAAUUAUCGAGCGAUUUAAAGUGGAUGUAACUCUAGAUCCUGAAACAGCACAUUGUAAACUUACUGUCUCUGAAGAUAGAAGGGCCGUACAGUAUGGGAAUAAGCCUAAAUUACGCCACAGCCAGAGGUUUUAUUUCUGCCCGGCUGUUCUAGGUUCAAAGGGGUACAGGUUCGACAGGCAGUAUUGGGAAGUGGAGGUGGGGGACAAACCUGAAUGGGUCCUGGGGGUCUGCAAAGAGCCUCUGCCCAGGAGAAGAAGUCAACAGACCUUAAUACAGGAUGGGUUAUGGGGUGUUGGGCUAUAUAAUCAGAUGAAUUAUGUUGCAGUGGGCCCAAAGAAAAUUAAUCUCCUGCCAAAAGUAACCCCUAGUAAGAUUGGUAUUUUUUUAGACUCCGAAGUAGGUGAGGUUUCGUUUUACAAUCUGAAUGAUAACUCCCUCCUGUAUAGUUUCAGUGAUUGUCCUAUGGGCCCAUUUUGGCCUUAUUUCUGCACUGGAACUGACCCAAAGCCUCUGAAAAUCUGCACAAUCACAAACCCUGGGGGAUGA